UUCUUCCAUUGACUGCCAAAGUCAAACCAGAUGAGUGGAUUUGAGGGAGGCUAAUAAGUCAGUUAGCCUAUGGCAAUAGAGAGAGGGGAAAAAAGGACCCUCCUGGGAAAUCACCAUGAUCACAUGGGGGUAGGGGGAGAGAAAGAUUCAGGUAGAGACUGAUCAUCAACCCUAGUUAAUGAUUCUGCACAAGAGGAGAUGGGCCAAGCCAGGAGAGGAGUGGCUCGAGCAAUGCACAGCAGAAGAGUGCUUUCAGAACACUGCUGUGAAAAACGAAGACUCAACAAAGGUAAAUGAACAAGAGGACGUGCGACGGUGACAUUCCAAUACGUAGGCCGAUAUCUAUGUCCAGAGGUCAUGCCAGGAAGUAGGAACCAGAAGAGCAUCCAAGGCAAGAGGCCUGAAUCUAGACAUUCAAAUAAGACCAGGGGAGUGGAAGGAAAUCCAGCAGGAGUUGGGGUUACAGGUGAGGAAUGGCAUUCAAAUGGAACUGAACCUAAGAAUAUGGAGGAGGCUGACACGGUACUCGAAUCAGGAUGUUACUGCCACAUGUGCUGUGUAGUUUCUGGGGUGAGUGGAUGGAGACUGCAGUGAGUGGGGAGUGCUCUUGACAGCAACAAGGUCCUUCGGCUACUGACAGUUAUGGGAGAGGUCUGAGGGAAUUCGUACUGAAAAGAAAGGCCCUGCAAUGUAUACCAGCACACGAAUGUAUACUCAAAAUGCCUUGCACAUGUUACCUUUUUUUAUCCUGUAAGAUCCUUGGUAAAUAGUAAUUAUCAUUUUAUUGAAGAAAAUUCUGGGUAUAAAGGAGUUCGACAACUUGUCAGUAGUUACAAGGUUAUGCGGGAGAAAGCAAAGGGGAUCUCUGGAAUUGGAACAAAAGUAAAAGCGAGAGACACAGUUCUUUUACACUGUGGGUGCAGGAUAGUUAACAUUUACAGCACAGAUUUGAGGGACAAGAUACCAAUGAGGGGUUAUGGUCUCAUGCUCUGGUGCAUGGGCUGUGCCUCUGCAAAAGAUUACACUGACAUUUCAAAGGUCUGUUAUCUUAGAUGCAGAAAGACAAGAGACAGGCUCACUUAAGGUAAAGACAGACCUUUGUCAAAGAAGCAACAGGCCUAGGAUGUGACUACUCCUGUGACCCACUUUUAGUUAGGAAUUUUUAUGUUGAGACCAUCCUGGGUGGUUACUCUUGGUCUCUGAGUUUGUAGGGCCUGCCAUGCAGGCCUCCCCUGAGCUUGUCGGGUUUAGUAUGUGGCCCCCUUUUCAUCCACAUGACCAUCCGUGGGUUAAUUAUUAAUAAACUAUGGCACAUAUAAAGAAUACUAUGCAGUUGUUUUUUGAAAAAGUGCAAGAUCGAGGAAGUCCUUAUGUACAAUCCCCAAAAUCAAUUGCUGGGAGGAAAAAGCAAGGUGCAGAAAUGCUGUCAUUUAUGUAGGGCAAGAUAAGUCACGAAAAACGUAGGUGUUCAAAACUAGAUGCUGGGGUACAUUUAUUUUUAAAUAUUGAACCAUGUGAAUGCAUUAUUUAUUCAUAUUGCCUUUUAAAUAAUUAAACCUGGAAAAUCUUGAGACGGGAAAGUUUUUUUAAAAACAGCAACGAUACCGAGCUUGCUGUCCCGCAGGCCCAUCAGUGGCUGGACAGCAGCGGGGCUGCCACCGAGACCGGCUUCCUAGAGUGGCCGGAAGUGCCGGCCGGCGGCGCCGGCGCCAAUUCGGUGUGAGUGACGCCUUUGUUGCGGGUCGCACAAGGACGCCGCUGUCGCCGCGGUCCCCUCCAUGCGUGAGGUAGAGGAUUAAUCUGAAAACCAGCCCAGAUGGCCGCAGCCCUGGAACCCGAGGGACAAAAAGGCCUUAGAAGAGUUAAGGCAGAAGACCGCUGCCGGGCACAGGACUCCACCCCACAGAAGCGCAGUCCACGCAGGAGCGAGGUCUUCAGGCAGCACUUUCGGAGGCUGUGCUACCAGGACGCACCCGGGCCCCGGGAGGCCCUCACCCAGCUCUGGGAGCUCUGCCGCCAGUGGCUGAGGCCAGAGUGCCACACCAAGGAGCAGAUUUUAGACCUGCUUGUGCUGGAGCAGUUCCUGAGCAUUCUUCCCCGGGACCUGCGCGCGUGGGUGCAGGCGCACCAUCCCGAGACCGGAGAGGAGGCGGUGACUGUGCUGGAGGGUCUGGAGCGAGAGCUGGAUGGACGCCCAGAGCAGGUCCCCACCACUUCAGAAAGACAGGACACACUUUUGGACAAGUUGGCCCCCUUGGGAAAGCCACAUGAGUCACUGACUGCCCAGCUCCAUCCCAAGAAGACCCAGCAGGAAUAUGGGGAGCCCCAGACGAGUGGUGAGAAAACCAGGACUACGAAUGAAGAGUUGUCGCAGAAGGAAGAUAUGCCCACAAACAUGGAAUUCCUUGGGAAGGUAAAUGACAGACUUAAAGACAUUCUUCAGCAUCCAGAAUCCAAAGAUGCUGCUGAAAAUGAGGGCAGAUUAGCGUGGCAACAGAGGGAAAGAAGACUCUACAAAUGUGAUGACUGUGGGAAAAGUUUCAGUCAGAGCUCAGCCCUUAGUAAACACAGGAGAACUCACACUGGAGAGAAACCCUAUACAUGUGAUCAGUGUGGAAAAGCCUUCAGUCAGCGUUCACAUCUCAUUGGACAUCACAGAGUACACACUGGAGUGAAACCCUAUAAAUGUAAAGAAUGUGGGAGAGAUUUUAGUGGGCGCUCAGGUCUUACUCAGCAUCAGAGAAUCCACACAGGGGAGAAGCCCUAUGAAUGUGAUGAGUGUGGCAGGCCCUUCCGUGUAAGCUCUGCCCUUAUUAGACACCAGAGAAUUCAUACAGCACAGAAGCUCUACUAACAUGGUGGAAAUACCAGCGUGCCUUAGGAGCUCAGGCCUGGUUGUCAGAAUCCACCCUGGAGACCUUACGGUGCCCGAAUGUAGGCAGAGCUUCUGCUGACAUUAAAAAUGUCUCUGGCACCACAGAAUCUACCUGAGUAAAAUUUCCUUUUAUUUCUAAAUUAGUUCAGUUUCUUGGAGGAAUUGAGUUAUUUCAGAAAGCCUUGUCCAUUGACAACACAGCUCACUUGCAGCCCAAGAUAACCAUGUUUCCUGGGUGAAUUCCAACUCCUGGUUCCUCUUCACCUGACUAUUCAGUGUCUGACUUUAGACUAGACAAUUCCGAUUUCUCUCUGCCUUCUUUUCCCCUUCUGUAAAGCUCAGGUGUUAUAAUUGAGGCCCACCAGAUAUAUUAAGUUAAAAUACAUGAAAACUGCUUUUGAAAUUAAGAACUAAAACAAUAGUACUUGUUUUUCAUCAUUAUUGAUAGAAUGUCCUAAAUAUUCCCUUUUUAUCUUAAAGUAGGGGGUAUAAUCAUUUUGUGUAAUUUUUGUUUGCCAAUGAUAAAAAAGAGGAAACCCUUAGAAAAGCAGGCAAAAGAAGACAUUAAAAUGGGAAGGAAAGCAGUAAGUAGUCAGUAGGAGCUGCUGAGGAUUAACAGUGGGUUAGGGAUCCAUAACUUUAGAUAAAUCACUUCUCUUCUGAGUCUCAGGUCAUCGCAGCCUGAGGGAGACGGGAGCAGCUGAUCUAGAACCCCACUGUCCAGGUGGCAGCCAGUGCCCACAUGUGGCUAUAUAAAUCCAAACGUAACACAGAUAAAAUGGGAUGUUCAGUCCCUUAGUGACAUUAGCCACAUCUCAGUAGUCACAUGUGGCUAGCAGCUACUGUACUGGACAGCACAAGUGAUAGACCAUUUUUAUCUGCAGAAAGUUGUGAAAGGUGUUGCUGUCCCAAUUAAUCACUGGUAAGGUACCUUCCGGCGUUGAUAACUGUGCCUCAGUUCAGGAAGGAAGUGAAAGAGACACCUGAGGAGGCUGCAAUAGCAACAGGAGAUAAAAGUACAAACACCUGGAAAGAAAAUAGUAAUAACGGCACUUUGUCAGCCUUUAAACAGGAGUGUAUUAUAAUUGGAGGAAGAUGAUUAUUAAAGUAAAUAUUGUACAAUAACCUAAUAAUUUAAAUUGAAAGCUGAAAUUACUACCUCAUCUCUAUAAGAAUAGUAUAAUUACCUUUACAGGGUAGCACCCCGUCCCGUCAGAUAAACUACAUGAGUGAGAAACUGGGACACCCAGGACACCAGUACUUUGACAGUAAGCAAUCCAAUUUUUUUCUUUUUGGCUUCGAAAUGUUCAAGCAUUUCAUGUAUUUGAACAGUUUUACAUCCCUAGUUUGAAAAUUUGUUAACAUGACAGGAAUUGUGGCCACAGGCACAGCACAUUCCAGUUUAUAGCAGUCAAACUGCCAGGAACCACCAGUUCUAGGAAUAGCCAGAACAAUCAGGAAGUGAUCUAAUCUCUCGCUAAAGAUGAUUAUACAUACUAGCUUUUGUGUGUGUUUGAAAGGGAAAACGACUAGAUAAUUUUUGUGUCUACUACUGGAAUGUGGUGCUUGGAACACCAUAAAGAUAAGCUCAGCAUUUAUGUCUUGAACAAAAUGCUCCUUUAAAAGAUAAUGUAAGUUUACUUUGAAUGAUUACAUAAACUGACACAAAUAUUUUAAA